AUGUGCGUGCCCAGUAGACGUGGUCUUCAACGUCUGCAACGUAUCCGGCAGCCUAAUAUAAAAUUAAAAGAGCUCCUCUCAUGCGUGUGUCGCGAGUAUGGGAAAAAUAUCAGGGUUAAAGCUAUCAGGGUUAAAGCUCUCUUCUCUCAUCCGCGCUCAUGCGAGUACCCGCGGCGCGAAUACGACGCUGAAGCGUUGUUACAGCGUGCAACUGCCUCUCACGUCGUUUUGUUCACUGAACUAGUUCCCUCUCCUCUUACCUCGCCCGAUUCAUUCCAUCACUACCAAGCUCACAAUCUUACCACCACUACUACUAGUGGCCGCGCCGCGCUGCGACCACCACCAUCUCACCACCACCACCACCACCAUCAUCAUCGCCAUGCAGCGCGUCGUUGUGCGGCCGCAACAGCGCGAUGCCCACAGCAACGUCAUCGAGAUCACCAUCUCGCUAGGAGACAGAACGAGAGGUGGAAGCGGUGGAUCAAGAGAGACGGCGAGCGUUCAAGUGAGGAUUCCACCGAAUCCGUCGAAUCACCAUGGAAUUUCGAGCGGGAAGACGCGCGAGCCCCUAAUACGAGGAGGGACUCGUGGAAACUCCACUUUGUAGACGCGGCACGGCACAACGACUCGCCGUGCCCGGCGAAGAGGAGAAAGCUAAGGGGGAAAGAAAGAGAGAGAGCGAGAGAGAGCAACGUCGAGCGCGCCGUGAAUGUAAGCGCAGCGGAUGAUGCGAGGAGAGGACGUGGAGCGCGCGCGCAGGCCACGAAGUACGGAGGAGAACACGGACCGGCCGCCGCAUACCUACACGACGCGUAAUGAGAACAUACCAGCAUCGUUCGGCCUGCUAUCUGCUAUCAAACGGAUACCACCGGUCCAGCCACGGACGAAGCGCGCAACGCGCCCCAAGCAAGGCCCAAAUUUAUCUUGCGCGCAUCGCCGCGCCGCACCGCUCUUAAAAAUCUCACUCGCGAUAUUUCAUUGCGAUCAUCGUAAUUGAGAUCUCGGCUUUUCAGCUAUUCGUUCAGCGGUUACCGCGUGCGCGCGCGCGCGCGGAUGUGCAUUCGAUCGAUUGUGCCCUUCGAUCGUGCCGCCACGUCGGGUCUUAAUCAUAACUCCCGAUGAUGAUUCCCUCGCUACACGGCGAGCUUCGUGCCAUGCGAAACGGGAUUGUUUCACUGUUGCUGUUUUGCAUCUUUCAAUUAACAGCCGACUCUGGCGAAAUGCCACGAUUUUUUACUAUUAUCUAUCAGUAAUAAAGACAAUAUUUAUAUAUAAAA